AAUGUGUGGUACGGCCAGAGCCAGAGAUCACCGGAGGAUCGUUCGAUCUCGCUUCCGCUAUCGCUCGUGUACGGCGAGCGCGAUUUAAAUGCUUCCUUCUUGGUGUCGUGCCGGUACAUUACUAGCUGGACAGCCGCUUAAGCCGGUACGGGUCUUGAGAAGUGUUUUACGUGGUGGUGCAACUACUUCCCCACAGUGUUGCCUGUUUUAAGUGAUCGCUUCUUUGUGUGUUUAAGCUGUGUGUGUUUUGAAGUGUUCCUUCAAAGUGUUCCUAAAUCGUAUCGUAAAAGCUAUCCCAACUACAAACAGCAACCAUGUACGGACGGCAGGAAUCACAGGGGCCCACCCUUAAGGAAGGCGGUUCCUACAUUAUGGAAGGACACGAUGCUGCCGAGGCGAAGAACGUGUGCCUCAUCUUCUCGCCCGAGAUGGAGGAAGCGGGAGCGUUGGCGAAGAUGCUCAAGAUCUUCGACGAUCAUCGUGUGAAUCUGCUGCACAUCGAGUCCCGAUCGUCUACCCGUGGACCGGGCUACGAGUUUAUGGUGGAGUGCGAUGGAAAGCGGGGAGCACUCGGACCGGCCAUCGAAGCGAUUCAGGAGAAGAGUAACUACUUCAACAUUAUCUCUCGGGAUUAUAAGGAUAAUGAAGCAACGGUCCCCUGGUUCCCGAGACGUAUCCGUGAUCUGGAUCGGUUCGCCAAUCAGAUCCUUUCGUACGGUGCCGAACUCGACUCAGACCAUCCCGGAUUUACGGACGAAAAGUACCGCCAGCGUCGCAAGUACUUUGCCGACAUUGCGUUCAACUACAAGCACGGACAACCGUUACCGCACGUGGACUACACGGAGGAGGAAACGAAAACGUGGCGUGAGGUGUUCCGUAACCUUACGAAGCUCUAUCCGACGCAUGCCUGUCGGGAACACAAUCACGUCUUUCCGCUGCUGAUUGAGAACUGUGGGUAUCGUGAGGAUAAUAUCCCCCAGCUGGAGGAUGUCUCAAACUUCCUUAAGGAUUGUACCGGAUUUACGCUGCGCCCGGUGGCUGGAUUGCUUUCGUCGCGUGACUUUUUGGCUGGGUUAGCGUUCCGCGUGUUCCACUCGACGCAGUACAUUCGGCACCCGAGCAAGCCACUUUACACUCCCGAGCCGGAUGUGUGCCACGAGCUGCUGGGACACGCACCGCUGUUUGCUGAUGCUUCCUUCGCACAGUUCUCGCAGGAGAUCGGAUUAGCGUCGCUGGGAGCGCCGGAUGAGUUUGUCGAGAAGUUGGCCACCUGCUUCUGGUUUACGGUCGAGUACGGUAUGUGCCGCCAGAACGGUGAGCUGAAGGCGUACGGUGCCGGGCUACUUUCCUCGUUCGGCGAGCUUCAGUACUGUCUCACGGACAAGCCGGAACUGCGCGAGUUCGAUCCGGCCAAAACGUGCGAGCAAAAGUAUCCGAUCACCGAGUACCAGCCGGUGUACUUCGUGUCCGACAGCUUCGAGGACGCGAUCCAGAAGAUGAUCAACUACGCCAACACGAUUCCCCGCCCGUUCGGCGUACGGUACAAUCCGUACACGCAGAGCAUCGAGAUACUGGACUCGGUGCCGCAAAUCUCCAACCUCAUGCGCAACAUACACAACGAGUUCGAGGUGUUGCAGAACGCGUUCAAGAAGCUGUAAGCAGGGAGAGGACGGUGCAUUAGAGGCCAUACAGAGUACAAUAUCCGGUGCUUAUUAGUUAAGUUUUUCGUAAGCGUUUCGAUUGUCGAAGUAAAAGGGGCAGAUCGUUUCUGUUUUUUUUUAACUUUUAGUUCUUAAGCGUUAUUCUCAACAAAUUUGUUUUGCGUUACAAUCAAACUGUGAAAUAAAUUGUCACACUUUGUACUGAAA